AUGGCAGACCCAUCAAUCUACAACUUCCUCAACCAUCAACAGCAGCAGUUCCCUUCUCCUUCUUCAAAACCCACAAAAAAAAGCUCAACAAACCUACCCCACUCCUCCUCUUCUCGUCACUUCCCAUGCCCUUACUGUCCUCGCAGGUUCUACACCUCUCAAGCUCUCGGUGGCCAUCAAAAUGCCCACAAACGUGAAAGAGCUGCUCUACGCAGAAACAACAACAUCCUCAACACUACCAUCUCAACAGACCCUUCAUUGCCAAUACCUUCAUCAUGUGUUAACCAUAACGGCCACCCAGCAGCAGCAAGUCCUCCUGAAGUAUUAGUUUUGAACCAAUACCACCAGUAUCAGGCUCCUGACCACCCCAUGAUGAGUAGCAACCACCAUUUUCUAGGACCAUCCAGUACUGCAGGUGUAUAUGUUUCGGUUCCUCAAUAUAGUGGGCUUUAUGGUGGGUCUGCAGCUCCUACUUCUCUUGAUCAUGAUAUUGGUAGUGAUUAUGAUCUUUCAGCAAUUACUGAUCCUAACGACAACCCUAAUGACCCUGCAAAUAGGUGCUCCGAGAAGAGAGUGAGUGCAGUUGCCAUAAGCAAUGAUGGACUGUAUGUUUGCUUUGCCGACAAAUUUGGAGUUAUUUGGGUGGUGGAUAUCUGCAUGGACUUAAUGGAAACGAAACUUUGGUCGAUACGAAGGCGGAGCCAGUGCUUGCGCAUUAUUGCAGCAUCAUUACUAGCCUGGUGGGCUGUCCACGUUUUAGGUCUUUCCUCUUCUUCAGUGCUGGGAUCGAGAUUUUACAAUAGAAGUGAAGUGAGCUGUUCUACUGUCACUGAUCUGUGUACUAUUCCAGGCGGUAAUGUUGUUGCAGUGGCCAUUCAAAGGCAAGUCUCUAAACAGUGCCAGUUACUAAUUACUACAUGGUUCCAUUACAACUCCUUGGCCCGAGUAAGGAUUCUUUCUGGUUUCCAGAAGACCGUUCCCGGUACCACCAAGCAUGAGUUAACUGUGUUGGAUGAUAAUGAGGUACCUGCGGCAGAGAAACAGCUUGAGAAGUUGCAGGGAAGUGUAACUACUGAGGAAGAGGUGUUCCUAGCAGCUGCUGAAGCUGUAAAAACAUCAACGUGCAAUUUGUUAAUUAAGAAGCGGUACACGACAGAGAAAAGAGAAUUUAGAAAGAGAGUAAUCUUUCCUCCGGAGAAUGAAUCAUUGGUUGCUCGAGAAUUUGAAUCCGCAGAAAAAUAUGCAAAUGUUCAGAUCCCAAAAUUUCUACUACUGGCGGGCUUGGACUCAGCUCGGUAUCUAAGUGUUCUGUAG